GUUCUUAUCUUUGCACUCCACAAUAUUUUUACAAAGGAAGCAUCUCCUCGAGGAUAUCAGCUACUCAAGCUUCUGCAAAGCUAUGUUGAACUUGAUAUGUAUGCAUCUCUCAAGGUUCAUACAGAGACAACUAUUCAAAAAGGUCAAGAGGAACUGUUGGUUUUUGAGAAAGCACUUCAUGAAUAUAUGCCAUUUAACCCAGCUAAAUCAUGGUCAUUUCCAAAAUCACAUACACAUAAGCAUAUGUUUGACGAUAUCCAGCAAAAAGGGGUGACACGAAACUAUAAUACAAAGCCCAAUGAAAAAUGUCAUGGUGCAUUCAAAAACAGCUACAAGUUCCGAACAAAUUUCAAGAAUGUUGCACCACAGAUACUCAAAUUUGAUCAUGCCAAUUUAGUUGCAACUGUCAUCCGCGAUGACAUUGACUACCUUGAUUUAUCCCAGGCAGAAGCAUCUGCUGAAGAUAGCCAAAUCCAGGUGACACGAAACAUCAUUGGAACAGCCCAUGUAUCCUUGGGUUCUCAAUGUGCACCAGUUGCAUUUUCAGACCUUGAGGAUGAACACAGUGCAGACUCUGCAUUCAAAGAUUUUCGGAAGAAGAUUGGACGCUUUUUUACAAGAUAUCUUGGAAGAUUGGUAAGGUUUGGACCAAGUGAUCAGGUAAAUUUUGACCUUUGA